GUCAACGUAGGCAGUACACUACGCCUCUCAAUAAACACUUCCACCUCCUGAAACAACUCCUUCCAACCUACCUGACCUAUCCAAAAUGGCCGACGAAAUGGAGCCCUCGCUUCAGCCCAUCGUGGACCAAAAAUCCCUCAAAUGGAUCUUCGUCGGCGGCAAAGGAGGAGUGGGCAAGACUACCACAUCCUGCUCUCUGGCCGUACAGAUGGCCAAGGCACGAAAGAGUGUCCUCCUCAUCUCCACCGACCCAGCACACAAUCUCUCCGACGCCUUUGGAGUCAAGUUCGGCAAAGAUGCCAAACCUGUUCCUGGCGUGCCAGGCCUCGCUGCCAUGGAAAUCGACCCCAACGGAAGCAUAUCAGACCUGAUCGCAGCAGGAGGGGACGAUGCACAAGACGCCAUGUCAGGUCUUGGAGGAGUGGGGAACAUGUUCCAAGACAUGGCUUUUAGCAUCCCUGGUGUGGAUGAGGCCAUGUCCUUUGCAGAAGUGCUAAAGCAGGUCAAGGGCAUGGAGUACGAGCUCAUCAUCUUCGAUACCGCACCUACGGGACAUACACUUCGCUUCUUGCAGUUCCCUACUGUACUGGAAAAGGCUCUCGGCAAGCUCAGCCAGCUGUCUUCGCAAUUUGGUCCUAUGAUCAACAAUCUGAUCGGUGCAAGAGGUGGUCUGCCGAAUGGACAAUCCUUUGACGACGUGAUGAGGAAGAUGCAUGACCUGCAAGAGACGAUUGGAGAGGUCAACAAGCAGUUCAAGAACCCGGAUCUGACCACUUUUGUUCCUGUCCUCAUUCCCGAAUUCUUGUCCCUGUACGAGACGGAACGCAUGAUUCAAGAGCUUGGCACAUAUGAGAUCGAUACGCAUGCCAUGGUUGUGAAUCAGCUACUCUACCCAAAGAAGGACAAUCCUUGCGAGCAAUGCAAUUCGCGGAGGAAGAUGCAGAAGAAGUAUCUGGAGCAGAUUGAUGAUCUGUAUGGGGAGGAUUUCAAUGUGGUGAAAAUGCCUCUGCUGGUGGACGAGGUUCGAGGUGUCGAGGGUAUCUCGAAAUUCAGCGAGAUGCUCGUCAAGCCUUACCAGCCUCCAGCUUAAAUAUCGGGCUGAGCAGCAUCCCAUGCAGUGGAGGCCUACCUAGCAAGUGGUGCAAACCGCUAAAACGAUUACGACAGGUUGGUGGUGUAUAUGUGGUUGAAGGCGCAAUUACGAUACCCUUUUCUAGAGAUGGAGAAGUGAGCGUUGAUAUGGCAUUAGGAAGGCGUCUAGGUAUCAUGAACAGUUGCCAAAUGACUGCACACCUCUCAGCGUUUGUUGACCGUUCGUAUCGUGCUUUCUCCGAACCCGAUGACAUGAUCGCUCGCCUUACAACGCACACACACCAAGAGAGACAGGUAGUACCCCUAGUCUCUCGUAUCAUCAAACGCCCCCAUGAGCUGCCAGGGCAGCCUCUGCUCGCGUGUUGGUGCCUUAUUCUCCUCGUCGUCUUCAAUCACAAUCACUUCUGGCCUCUUCACCUCAUCGUCUUCAAUCUCAAUCACUUCUGACUUUUUCGGUUGGCAAGGCGUCUCAUAGAUACACCAGAGACGCGGGCACUCUUCUUCAACAUGCCCAAUCUUACGACAGACAUCACACGGAUCGGCGCCCCGAAAACUUCUAUUCCGACACGUAGCAGCAUCAUGGCCACGCUUUCUGCAGAGCCCACAUUUGCGAAUGAUGGGGCACGCGUUGGAAGGGUGUAAGUCGCGUUUUUGACAAUGCCUGCAAGUUCGCGUUUCACAGUCCUUGGCCAUGUGGCCUUUUUCACCACAGCAGAGACAGCGCACCACUUCUGACAUGUCCGUAAUGUUGAAGUAUCGGCAUUGUUCUAUUUGGUCGUUGGGGGGGAUGUUGCAAAGACGAAUCAUGCCAUCGUCAUAACCAUCAUCACCCUCAUCUGAUGAGGUGUAGUUGGCGGAGAAGGAGGAGGAGGAGGAGGAAGUUGUCUUCUUUUUCUUUUUCUUGGAUGGUCGCUGCUUCCAUUGUGCGGCGCUGAUUUCUUCAAUGUCGCUGUCGCUGUCUUCUUCUUCACUGGAUGAUAUCUCGCCGGAUUCUUUGCUUGUGUCGCUGCUGCGCCGACUGGCGGUAGUAGUAGUAUUGGUGAAAGUAUGACCGUACUUACGCUUCCGCCCAACAGCUGUC